AUGGCGCCGUCCAUCUCCAUCGGCACUGCGGCACCGUCUUCGGCGGCGGCGGGUGUCAACAAGAAGAAGAGCGCCGCUGCCGGCGGUUCUCUAGUGGACGAGGCGGAGCUCCUGCGGCGGAGGAACGCGGAGCUGGAGCAGGAGGUGGCGGCGCUGCGGCUGGAGCUGGGCGCGGCGCGGCGGCGCGCCGAGACGGCGGAGGAGGCCGAGGAACGGCUGUGCGUGCAGCUCGGCGACGCCGAGGUGGAGGCGCUGGAGCUCGCGCGCGCCUACCAGGCCCAGGUCCAGGCGCUCGCCGUGGAGCUCGCCGCCGCGCGCGGGGCUCUCGCGGCCAGAUAG